GGUUCAUCUGUGAGGGAUGGCGGCGGCGGAGUGAUAAAUGAGUCCGAGUUGGCCGAAAACAUCACAGAGGAGCAGCGCAAAGUUACCCGCGGAGAGGAACAUUCUCCCAUAACAAGGGCAUCUGCCUCACUCUCUCCAGCUGCCAGCAUGAUGAAGGACUGCCUGCAGUUCCUCAUCGAGCCGGCCAAGAAGCUCAAAAUCCGGCUCAAGGAGUCUCGCAAGCGAGUUAAACUUGAGAAGAAGGAGCCGCUGUUGGAGAGUCAGUUAUUUAUUAUGGAACUGGCCCGAGAACUCAACAGAAUAUGCCAGAGGUCAAACAUCCUCGGCCACAUCUGGACCAGUGAGGAUGUCUGGCCGGCCGGCGUGUGUCGGGAUUUCAUUGUGGAAUGGGCCGCUGUGUUGGAGAGGAGAGUGCAGCCGAGGAUCAUCCUGUCCGACCACCAGUGCGAGAAACCAGAGAAGAGAGACUGGAAGGGACACCUCCUGUGCAUGCUGGAGGCAGGCGGCGAGUGCGACAUGGGCCCCUACAAAAGAGUCAUCCUGGACUGGACACGGGAGAUCAAAAGCAGACCUCAGCCCACCGUCUGGCCUGGCGAGCCCGUGCUCAUGAUGCUGGACGACCUGGAGUUCCAGUGGAAGAGGGGGCGUCUCCCCAACCUGCUCCCCGCCAUGGAGCUCGUCCUGCUGGCCGUGCUGAAUGCAGACAGCCCCCUCAAGGAGGACGUCACAAAGCAAUGGCUGGUGAGAAAGCAGAGGAGUCAAAAGAUUGACGCUGUCCGCUACAUCCCCCACAGUGUGUGGAACUGGAUUUGCGACGCUGCAGAGGAAGUGACUCUGGACUCGGACUCAGCCCACCCAGGCCUGCUAAUCUCCAGCGAUGAAAAGCGCAUGCGCUGCGGCCUGGAGCGCCGGGAGGUCCCGCGGUGCCAGCGGCGCUUCGACGGCUGGUGGUGUGCCGCGGGCCAGGAGGGCUACGCCAGCGGACGCCACUACUGGGAGGUGGAGGUGGGUGAGCGGGACUGGCGGCUCGGCGUGGCCAAGGCGUCGGCGGUGAGGCAGGGCUUCCGCACGCUCAACACAGAUACGGGCUACCUGACCCUCCGCCUGGAGAGGGGGGCAGAUCUGAAAGCCCUCACGGUGCCCGCCACCCCGCUGUCACCGAGCUUGGUGCCCAGGAAAGUCGGGGUGUACCUGGACUAUGAGCAGGGCCAGCUGUCCUUCUACGACGUGGAGAAGCGCUCCCACCUGUACACCUACAGCGAGACGUUCACAGAGGAACUGUUCCCCGUGUUUGGGACCGUGGAGGUGGUCAAAGACCUGGCGAUAAGGCCUGCAGAUGUCAGACAGCAGUGCCUCUGCCCCGGGCCCUGCCUCUGGACCUGA